CGUGCGAUUUCCAUACAAAAGAACUCCAGCGAGUAUACGCGAGGCGAACUGCGACGAUCGGCUCAUCGCGGUUGCCCACUCGCCCCUCCGCCCGUCCGGAGUCCGGCGUGCGCCCGGCCGCCGCCGGCCAAAGCUAGCUACCUACACCUAAGGUCGUCGGCACAGCAGGGGGGAGGCGAGAAGCUGUUAUAAGAAUGCGCUAGCACGCGAUUGAUGUGUUGGAACUUGAGGAGCCUCAACGGUUGCAACAAUACUCAAAUUUCAACCUAGAUUUCCGCGUGUUCAUGAUGAAUGCGCCGACUUAUCAGUUGCUGCGACCUGGCCUUGCUGUUCCAUGGGGUCAGAAGAAACCACAUGUUGUCUUUGACAGCAGUAUCAACCAUCGGAGGCGUCUCACUGCACCCAAGGUCCAACAAACGACAGAAGGUGCAAACCAUGAUAAGUUUAGGGGUAUUGUUAAGCCAUGGUACAAGGAGUUUCCUGAAACCAUGUGGAAUAUUUCCGAGGACUCCCUUGAGACUCUUAAAAAGAAGGACCGUGAGCUGAAUCAGAGUAGAUGGAGCACCGACACGGACUUCGAUAGUAGCUUCGCAGAGUCCGUUGUGUUUGACAAGAACCUCUACAAGUAUGGGAUUUUAGGCUGCAAGACCAAUGUGGAUAAGAUUAUGAAUGCGGGUGCCAUAUCUGCUUGUCACAGAGACAAAAUUAUCCGUUGUCUUGGAAAUAUAGAAGAUGACAUUAAGCUAGGAAAGUUUGAGUGGAAUGAUGGUGUGGAUGUACAUACAAAUAUUGUGAAAGCACUUGCUUAUAAGGUUGGACACAUACCAAAGGAUCUAGUUAUAACAAAUAAACAUGAAAGUUGCCUCAUGAUCCUCGAAAUGUGGUGCAAGACCUACAUCGAUCAAAUUAGGACACAGAUGAAACAAUUUCAGGUUGCUCUAGUUCUCUUGGCACUAAGAAAUGAUUGCUUGGUCCUUCCGAGGGGAAGAGAAGUUAAUGACAAUACAUUGCUAGAGACUCUUGUUUUACCAAGUCUUAGAAUGCUAGAGCAUGAUGCAUCAGAUCUUUCUGCCUUCCUUGGUUUCAUUUAUUCAUCAAGUGAUGGUGUCAUUAAUCUCAGGAACAGACUUUCAGAGGAUUUUUCGGUUUCCAAAUGUUCUACCAUCGCUGAUUUUGCAAGAUCAAUCAAUUAUGGCAUUCCUGGCCAUCUACUACAAUUGCUUGAGAAGUUUUUUUCAUGGAGGAAGUGGCCAUUAGUCACACCACAUGGUGAAGCAGCAACAUAUGAGAAAAUGCUUAGAAAAUUCACUAUAGAUGAACAGAUGAGGGAAAUCAGACACUUAGCUUUAUUAAAAUGUCUAAACAUUGGAAUCGGUGAAUUGCCUCAAGAUUGUGAAAUCCAGGAUGCUAAGUACCAUUUAUUUUCUAGUGGUGAAGCUGUGCUAGAAAUGAUCAACGUGUUCAUAAUAUUUGUGGAAAAUAUGUCCGUCCGUGUGGAAAAGGUGCAAAUUUCCCAUCCAAGAGGCUACGAUGAUGUUCUGGGGUUUGCACAUUUCCUGACUAGCAAGGGAAUUGCCAUGGAAACCGCAUACGGCGUGGUUCAAUUGUGCCUGGAGAACCAAGUCCAACCUUCGGAGCUCAACCUAGAGGAACUGGCACGGAUCGAUUUCCCUUGCGAGCGUGCUCAUGUCCUGUUGCAUGAUAAGGUGAACGUCUUUGGCAAAUUCACCAGGCGAGAUCGAGAUGAUUCCAAGGAGAUGAUCAAAUGGUGUUGCAAGCUUCAGAUUAGUCCCAAAACUAUUUUCCAACGUUAUAUUAUUUAUUUUUAAUUAGUCGUGCUCGAUCAUUAGUGCUGAAAUGUCCAAGCCAAAGAUUCAAGUAUUCCGAGCUGAUUGUUAUUUGCUUUUCGAGAAAAGAAGCCUACA